GACUGAUUGCCCCUAGGCGUGCCGAAUCGCGGUCGCACAAGCCCCCGAAAGCACACUGCCACCUUUCAAACUGCACAGCAUGGCCGAGCCUGCCAACGGGCCGCUCGCGACCGUCGCCGAGACCGGGGAGCUGCCCAAGACGCAGGAGAAGCUCGACGAGCUCACACAAGCCGCCGCGCUGCAGUACUCGCUCAAGAACUUCUCCGCCGCCGCCGACCACUAUGCCGACGCCGUCGAGAUCCAAGCCGAGCUCAACGGCGAGAUGGCCCCCGAGAACGCCGAGCUGCUCUUCUACUACGGCCGCGCGCUGUACAAAGUCGCUGUCGCAAAGAGCGACGUGUUGGGCACCAAGGGCGCGCAGGAAGACCAGAAGAAGAAGAAGAAGGCGAAGGCGAAGAAAGAAGCAAAGGCAGACGCAAAGGCGGAAGCAUCGACCUCAGCCACCAACGGCGCAAAGACAGAGCCCAAGAAAGAGACAACUGCGCCGAAGCCUGCUUCCACAUACUUCCAACUCACCGGCGACGAGAACUGGGACGACUCGGACGAUGACGAAGAGGUCGACGACGAGGCCGGGCAAGAAGAAGAGGAGGAGGAAGACGACUUUGGCAACGCGUACGAGACGUUCGAACUCGCCCGCGUCCUCUACCAGAAGCAACUAGACGCCCAGUCCUCCCCUACAACAGAAGACAAGGGCAAGGGCCGCGCAACGCUCUCGCCCGCCGAGCGCGCCAUCAAGGAGAAGAUCGCAGACUGCCACGGCUUCCUCGUCGACAUCUCGCUAGAAAACGAGCGCUUCCACGACGCCGUCGCCGACGCGCGCUCCUCGCUCGCCCUGCAGGAAGAGCUGAACCCGUUCGAGCACGAAAAUGUCACCGAGUCGCAUUAUUCGCUCUCUCUGGCGCUGGAAUUCGCGUCCGUGAGCAAGCUGCGCGAAGACCAGAUCGAUGCCGAGCGCCAACAAGACGCCACCUCGACGCCGAACCCACAGGCCGAGGACGAUAAAGACGGCGUGAAUUGGGAACUGAGGAACGAGGCGGCGAAACACACCGAGCUUGCGAUCCAGAGUCUGCAGGCGAGGCUGAAGAAGGAAGAAGCUGUUCUGACGGGUGAUGCGCUGACGGAAGGUCAGAAGAAGGAGAAGAGGACUGUGAUUGAGGAUAAGAAGGCUAUGCUGGAGGAGCUGCAAGGCCGGCUGAAGGACCUGAGCCUCGAUCCUACGAAGCAGGAGUACGAUACUAUUGAUCCGUCGGUUGUGCAGGGGCUUUUUGGUAGUUUGCUGGGUGUGGAUGCUGCGACACAGAAGGCGAAGCUCGCGGAGGCGACGGAGAAAGCGAACGAUGUGAGCCAGGUGGUCAGGAAGAAAGCUAAGCCUGCCCCAAAGCCGGUCGCUGUGGCGAGUGCAGAGGGCAAGGGGAAGGGGAAGGGGAAGGGGAAGAGGACACUGGAAGUUGAAGAGGAUGCAGCAAAAGGGAAGAGGUCAAAGACCGAAGAGCCGGCGUAA